UGACUUCGCAGGACCGCUUUACCUUCCGGGUUGCCGUAGACUCCAUACGUCUGCCCUUUUGCUUUUUCGCGCUAUAAAUUGAGGGUACGUUCGCGGACCGCGUGUUCAGGAGUUAAACCGAGAGGACAACUUUGGGGUCAAGAGCACAAGAUGGGCAAGAAGCAGCACACCAGACCCAAGAAGGAAGCGCAGGCUCAGGAGGAGCCCGAGGAGUUUGUCGUGGAGAAAGUCAUCGACCAGCGCAUCGUCAAUGGGAAAGUGGAGUUUUAUCUUAAGUGGAAAGGAUUUACAGAGGCCGACAACACCUGGGAGCCCGAGGAGAACCUGGACUGCCCCGAGCUGAUCUCGGCCUUUUUGGAGGCGCAGAAGAACAUCAAGGAGAAGCCCGCGGCCGUGAAGAGGAAGGCCUCCACGGAGGAGGUAGAAGCGGAUCCGGCGAAGAAGACCGAGGCUGAGAAGCCCCGCGGCUUUGCCAGGAACCUUGAUCCGGAGAGAAUCAUCGGUGCCACGGAUAGUAGUGGGGAGUUGAUGUUCCUGAUGAAAUGGAAAGAAUCAGACGAAGCAGAUCUGGUCCCAGCCCGCGAGGCCAACACGCGCUGCCCUCAGGUGGUCAUAUCGUUUUACGAGGAGCGACUGACAUGGCAUUCCUGUCCAGAGGAUGAAGCGCAGUAGUUCCUCCCUCUGCUCUGUUGUUUGCACCACCGGUUUUGUUGAUUUGUUUCCCCUCAACCCUGGACUCUAUUCCCCCCCCUGCCCUAGUCUGCCUGUUAGUUUUAGCUACCGUUCAAUGUUUUUGAAGAAGUUUCUACGUUUUGUACUGUUCGGCAGCAGAGGAGAGCUUCGUGAUGCGUUGUGCUGCGACAAAGUUUUUUGAUGGAGCUCUUUUGCAACCUGGUUGCUCAAAUAUAUAAUUUUAAAUCUGAGUGCCUACUUGAAGAUGUUAAGCUGUCCACUUUGUUUCAUAGCUUAGUUUAUUUUGUUUGACCCUCUCUACAGAUGUAUGCAGAACAGGAAAAUAUUAUAGAUCUUGAUACCUUUCACUGUGUGAUGUCUUCCUGUUUUUUUUUUUUUUUUUUUUUUUUUUUUUUUUUUUUUUUUUAAAAUCUCUGCUUUCUAGAGCAGCUUGUGUGUGUGUGGAAAUCCCAACUGGAAUUAAGGGGCAUAAGAGACGAACUUUAGACUUUUGAGCAUAUUGUUGAUUGGGGGGUGUGUUAACAACCAGUGUUUAAAUCCUUUGGAUAACUUGGUUGUUACGACCAAUUAAAAUGUUUUGCUUUGUCUUGUU